AUGUCGAUUCCUUCUGGCGUGACCAUCACCGACGAAUGUCUUGACGCAUUCCGAGCCCUACACAGUGGACGCGGCCGCAAUAAACUUCAAUACGUGAUCUUCAAAAUCGCCGACGACGAAGCAUCCGUGGUGGUUGAAGACUCUUCGUCCGAGCAUGAUUAUGAGACGUUUCGUCAAAAGCUGUCCUCGGCCGUAGACAGCAACGGGCGACCACUUCCGAGAUACGGAGUAUACGACGUGGAAUACGAUCUUGGAGAAGACGGCAAAAGGGCGAAAACGGUCUUCUUCACAUGGGUGCCUCAAAAUACGCCCCUGAAGCUGUGCAUGUUGUACGCGAGCACGAAUGAGCAGUUGAAGAAUGCGCUGAACUUAAAGAUAUUCAUCCACGCGGAUAGCCCCGACGAGCUGGAGUGGAAAAGUGUAUUGAGUCAGGCUAGCGGAGGGAGAGUAUGA